GGGAGCGUUAGUAUAAAUCGCGUCGCCAGUGCCGGUGGACGCCAUAACGUCUUACAUCGACCGCGUUACAGUCGAAUUGUAAGACUUUAACGGACAUUCUUUGAACUUCCUCCUUUGGUCAUUCAAGAGAAGCAAGAUGCGUGAGUGUAUCUCCAUCCAUGUUGGUCAAGCUGGCGUCCAGAUUGGCAAUGCAUGCUGGGAGUUGUACUGCCUGGAACACGGCAUUCAGCCGGACGGACAGAUGCCCAGCGACAAGACAAUCGGAGGCGGGGAUGAUUCCUUUAACACCUUCUUCAGUGAGACUGGAGCAGGAAAACACGUCCCCAGAGCAGUCUUUGUCGACCUGGAGCCCACUGUCAUUGAUGAGGUACGAAGUGGAACCUACCGCCAGCUCUUCCACCCGGAGCAGCUGAUCACCGGCAAAGAGGACGCUGCCAACAACUACGCACGUGGACACUACACCAUUGGCAAAGAAAUCAUUGACCUGGUCCUAGACAGGAUCCGCAAAUUGGUGUGUACAGGUCUUCUUACUUUACCAAUUAGCCUGGUCAUGGGUUAUCAUGUUUUUAGCCCGAGGGAAGAAAUCACAGAAGCCUUUUGUCCUAAUUUGUCCCUUGCUUUGUGUCGUCAGGCCGACCAGUGCACGGGCCUCCAGGGCUUCUUGGUGUUCCACAGCUUCGGAGGUGGCACCGGUUCAGGUUUCACCUCCCUGCUGAUGGAGCGUCUGUCCGUGGACUAUGGCAAGAAGUCCAAACUGGAGUUCUCCAUCUACCCUGCUCCUCAGGUGUCCACCGCUGUGGUGGAGCCCUACAACUCCAUUCUGACCACUCAUACCACUCUGGAGCACUCAGACUGUGCCUUUAUGGUGGACAACGAAGCUAUCUACGACAUCUGCCGCAGAAACCUUGACAUCGAGCGCCCUUCUUACACCAACCUGAACCGGCUGAUCGGCCAGAUAGUGUCCUCAAUUACUGCCUCCCUUCGCUUCGAUGGUGCCCUUAAUGUGGAUCUGACGGAGUUCCAGACCAACUUGGUGCCCUACCCCCGUAUCCACUUCCCGCUGGCCACCUAUGCCCCAGUCAUCUCAGCUGAGAAGGCAUACCACGAGCAGCUGUCUGUGGCAGAAAUCACCAAUGCCUGCUUCGAGCCUGCCAAUCAAAUGGUCAAAUGCGACCCUCGUCACGGAAAGUACAUGGCCUGUUGCCUUCUGUACCGUGGCGAUGUGGUGCCCAAAGAUGUCAACGCAGCAAUUGCCGCGAUCAAAACCAAGCGCACCAUCCAAUUUGUGGACUGGUGCCCCACUGGUUUUAAAGUAGGCAUUAACUACCAGCCUCCAACCGUGGUUCCAGGUGGAGACUUGGCCAAGGUUCAGAGGGCUGUGUGCAUGCUUAGCAACACCACCGCCAUCGCAGAGGCCUGGGCCCGCCUCGACCACAAGUUUGACCUGAUGUAUGCCAAACGCGCAUUCGUGCACUGGUAUGUUGGUGAGGGCAUGGAGGAGGGGGAGUUCUCCGAGGCCAGAGAAGACAUGGCUGCGCUGGAGAAGGAUUACGAGGAGGUUGGAGUCGAUUCCGUUGAGGGUGAAGGAGAGGAGGAAGGAGAAGAAUAUUAAAUGGCACUCGCUACAUUUGGAAAAUGUGUUCUUGAAAAAGCAUUCCUAUAUUCUGUUAGUAAAGUAUGACUUGUUUCAAUAAACAUGAUGUGAAGCUG